AUGAUAGGACUAAAAGCAGUCAAAGAUAAGUUACCUAAGAAAUUCUGUAGUAAAGGUAUCGGCAAAGGUCUUGUAGAUUUUAUUAAGGACUCAGACGACCCUAAGAAAUUUUUCCUUGAAGGAAUACAAAUUCUUAUGGAUGAAGGUUCAAAGAACAUUAAUAUACCUCGUUACAUUUAUGAUAAACUUAUGUUCAGAUAUGAUAAAGAGACAGGUUUUAAAGAAAUGACAGAGUUCGGACAGAAUAUAAGCCAACAGAUAUUUGAACCUCAAAUUCGUGAAAGUGCUUCAAACCUCCGUAUGCAGUCUUUAGCAAUUAAUAUUCGUAGUAAGGUUUCAGAUAAAGAUAUAGAACAGUUUAUUCCUAUUGGUUAUGACAAAGAUAUUAAUACAUUAGCAAAACUUAUAAAUCAUUAUAUGAAUGGACGCACGUUUGAACAGUUAGCAAUAUAUAAGAAAGUAUUCAAAGGUAUGACUAUUUUGGACGAUUCGGAUUAUAUAUUCCUUGAAGAUGUGUUUUAUGAUGAAAAG